GAAGUAUGGUUUUUAACACCAACAGAUCAGUUCAGCAGAUAUCGUGAACGUUAAAGUAAGCAAUGUAAAUACAGAGUCCAAAAAGAAGCAAAAGUAUGUCAGUGUAGAUCAUGUUCAAAUGUAUAGCUAACUUUUAGGGUUGUGUGUUGACAUUACGGUUGUUAGAUAGUAGCUAACCAAAUGUGUUUGUUUUGGGUUAGCUGUCUAGCAAGCUAGCCACUGUUUACAUACCUUUAUUUGUUUCCAAUGACGGCUAGCUAAUAGUUUUCCUUGCAUUUUAACACAUAGCUAGUUAGUUUGUUCAACUUGUUCACAUUUCUGAAAUGAAGACAUUGACCGGUGCUUCCACUUUUAAGUAAUUGCUGGUCUAAGUGAUGUUCAGAUUACCCGUUCUUUAUAGUAUAAUACGCAGGGCAGUCUGCAUUGGCACAGAGGAGAUGGUGAAAGGCAAAUUCUUCUACGCUGUGAGGAAAGGAUUCAACCCUGGAGUUUACCAAACUUGGUGAGUUGUGUAGUAGUUACCUAGCUAGGGAGCUAGUUCCCACUGUAGUGUGUCUUUAAACACAUUUUGUCAUUUCUAUUCACGUUGAAUAUCACGUGUUUACUUUUUCAGGGAUGAAUGUAAAAGCCAAGUUGACAAGUUCCCAUAUGCCAGCUACAAGAAGUUUGGUGCAGAAAAGGAUGCCUGGGCUUUCGUCAGAAGCAAAGCAACGUCGAUAACUCCAGACAUGUCAGAGGGUAGAUAAAUGACUAUGUUCUUUCUCUAAGGGUCACUGUACUUGUGAAAUGACAAUACAAUGGGUACUGGUUUUACUGGCUCUAGGAAUGGGAAGCCUAUCUAGUCAUUAGACAAGUAGUGCACCAUUCAGGCACAGCGGAAUCAGACUUAUACUCAGACUAAGAUAUUAUCUUUCAGGAGCCAGCUAUGAGGCAACACUCCCAAGAAGGGCCCCGGAGGCCCUUGAGUAUAUUCCCAUUGGUCAGAAGAGGCACUAUGAUCACGUGGAGGAGGAGGUGGUGUCCCCUGCCAAACGAGCUAAACUGUCCCAGGAGGCAUCUCAAGACAGCUGCACAUCUUCAAAGAGCUCUGAUGGAUUCACCUACAUGGGUAAAUAGACCUGUUACUCCUGCAGUUUUAAAUCGUAUUUCUUGUUUUAGUUAAGAAAUGUAAAACAUGUUUUUCGUGAACAAUAAUUUUGAGUAUAUUCCAUAUAAGGCAACAUAAAAGCAGUAAAUAAAAGCAGUACACAGGGGGAGCAACAUCAAAAAGAAAAAGUAAUAAGAAACAAAUAAUAAAUAAAGCGAAGAAUCAAGGAGGAAAAAGCAAAACACUAAACAAAAAGCGUAUGACUGUCAUAUGUACACAUACCUAUACACAUAAACAUGCACAAAUAAACCCAAAACAUACGAAUAGCCUAUAGUAGCAGCAAAUAUCCUAUAAUGAUGAUUGAAAAUGAAUUAAACAUGAUUAAAACAACAUGAUGAUGAGUCUGUUUUGUGUCUGGUUUUCCAGGUGAUGCAGUGGUGGUGUACACAGAUGGUUGCUGUUCAGGCAAUGGGAAGGCCGGAGCCCGAGCUGGGAUCGGGGUGUACUGGGGACGUGACCAUCCUCUGUGAGUAGGCCUGGGUCUGUGGUUAUAACUCGUAGACUGUUUGACACUACAGUGGGUAGGUUUUCAUAUUGACUCUCUUUACUGUAGGAAUGUAGCUGAUCCUCUGGAUGGAAGACAGACCAACCAGAGGGCAGAAUUACAGGAAAGUACUGUGUUUGUCAUAUUUGUUUUAAUUCUGAACUCUCUAAACCAGAUUGCUAUUAUUUGAAUGGAAUUGGAUUGUAACCCCACAGAGAUUUGAAUCACACAUUUUGCUUCCGAAUGGCACAGGCAGCCUGUAAAGCCUUGGAGCAGGCCAAAGAGAUGGACAUCAAGAAGUUGGUGCUCUAUACAGACAGCAAGUUCACCAUUAACGGUACGCGUGUGCUGAUUACAGCACUUUACUAACACUCUAUCAGCCUGACUGAAUGUGACAUGGCUUUGUGUGAUGCUGCAGCCAUGAUGCAGCAUCUAAUGUUACUAGCUAGGCCUACUAAUGUGACUAUCUUAAUGACUGUUGUGUUGUUUCCUCCAGGGGUCACCAGCUGGGUGAAGAACUGGAAGCUGAACAACUGGAGGCUCAAAUCUGGUGGCCCCGUCAUCAACAAAGAGGACUUUGAAAAACUUGACAAGUUAAAUGAAGAGCUGGAGGUUGUAUGGGUAAAUAUCAAUGACGCUCGUUGCUCUACAUGUCUAUUAAUGUUUUCACUGCAAGUGUAGUGGGUUUCAAAGAAUAGAACAUCGUUUCCCAAACUAUGGGUCGCGUGUCCUGUGUGGCUCAGUUGGUAGAGCAUGGCGCUUGCAACGCCAGUGUUGUGUGUUCGAUUCCCACGGGGGAACAGUAUGAAAAUGUAUGCACUAAUGUAAGUUGCUCUGGAUAUGACUAAAAUAAAGUAAUAUGUGGGGUCUCCUGAUGUUUAAAAUGUAGUUGCAAAAGAAACUCCCAACUAUCCUUUUAAAAAUAAUUAUUUAUAUAUAUAUAUAUAUAUAUAUAUAUAUAUAUAUAUAUAUAUAUAUAUAUAUAUAUAUAUAUAUAUAUAUAUAUAUAUAUAUAUAUAUAUAUAUAUAUAUAUAUAUAUAUAUAGUACCAGUCAACAGUUUGAACUCAUUCAAAGGUUUGUCUUUAUUUUUAAUAUUUUCUUCAUUGUAGAAUAAUAGUGAAGACAUCAUAACUAUGAAAUAACACAUGGAAUCAUGUACUAACCAAAUAAGUGUUAAACAAAUCAAAAUAUAUUUUAUAUUCUUCAAAGUAGCCACCCUUUGCCUUGAUGACAGCUUUGCACACUCAUGGCGUUCUCUCAACCAGCUUCUCCUGGAAUGCUUUUCAAACAGUCUUGAAGGAGUUCCCACAUAUGCUGAGCACAAAUCUCCAAUUUGGAUUCCAGACCAAAGGACACAUUUCCACCGGUCUAAUGUCCAUUGCUCGUGUUUCUUGGCCCAAGCAAGUCUCUUCUUCUUAUUGGUGUCCUUUAGUACUGGUUGCUUUGCAGCAAUUCGACCGUGAAGGCCUGAUUCACACAGUCUCCUCUGAACAAUUGAUGUUGAGAUGUGUCUGUUACUUGAACUUAUUUACGUAAGUAUUCAGACCCUUUGCUAUGAGACUCGAAAUUGAGCUCGGGUGCAUCCUGUUUCCAUUGAUCAUCCUUGAGGUGUUUCUACAACUUGAUUGGAGUCCACCUGUGGUAAAUUCAAUUGAUUGUACAUGAUUUGGAAAUUCACACACCUGUCUAUAUAAGGUCCCACAGUUGACAGUGCAUGUCAAAGCAAAAACCAAGCCAUGAGGUCGAAGGAAUUGUCCGUAUAGGUCCGAGACAGGAUUGUGUCAAGGCGAAGAUCUGGGGAAGGGUACCCAAAAAUGUCUGCAGCAUUGAAGGUCCCCAAGAACACAGUGGCCUCCAUCAUUCAUAAAUGGAAGAAGUUUGGAACCACCAAGACUCUUCUUAGAGCUGACCGCCCGGCCAAACUGAGCAAUCGGGGGAGAAGGGCUUUGGUCAGGGAGGUGACCAAGAACCCGAUGGUCACUCUGACAGAGCUCCAAAGUUCUUCUGUAGAGAUGGGAGAACCUUCCAGAAGACAACCAUCUCUGCAGCACUCCACCAAUCAGGUCUUUAUGGUGGAGUGGCCAGACGGAAGCCACUUCUCAGUAAAAGGCACAUUGACAGCCAGCUUGGAGUUUGACAAAAGGCACCUAAAGACUCUCAGACCAUGAGAAAUAAGAUUAUCUGGUCUGAUGAAACCAAGAUUGAACUCUUUGGCCUGAAUGCCAAGCAUCACGUCUGGAGGAAACCUGGCACCAUCCCUACAGUGAAGCAUGGGGGUGGCUUCGGGACAAGUCUCUGAAUGUCCUUGAGUGGCCCAGCCAGAGCCCGUACUUGAACCCAAUCGAACAUCUCUGGAGAGACCUGAAAAUAGCUGUGCAGCAAUGCUCCCUAUCCAACCUGACAGAGCUUGAGGAUCUGCAGAGAAGAAUGGGAGAAACUCUCCAAAUACAGGUGUGCCAAGCUUGUAGUGUCAUACCCAAGAAGACUCUAGGCUGUAAUCACUGCCAAAGGUGCUUCAACAAAAUACUGAGUAAAGGGUCUGAAUACUUAUGCAAAUAUCAUAUUUCAGUUUUUAUGUUUGUAUAAAUUUGCUAAAAAAAAAAAAAACUGUUUUUGCUUUGUCAUUUUGGGGUAUUGUGUGUAGAUUGAUGAGGGAAAUAAACAAUUUAAUCAAUUUUAGAACAAGGCUGUAACAUAACAGAAUGUGGAAAAAGUCAAGUGGUCUGAAUACUUUCCGAAUGCACUGUGUGUGUGUAUAUAUAUAUAUACACAACCCCAUUUUGUUAUCAUUUUCAAUUCUUGCAAGCCCAACCAUGUGAAAAAGUGUUGUAAUCAACAGCCAACGACAGUCAGUUGCAAAGCAGUCUGAAAGUAUGGGUGUACUUGCGCAUGUCCCGGCGGAACUUUCAAAAGUGAUCGACAAUGCGUUCCUCAUCAAUACCACCUCAUCCAUCGAUAUUUGCAUUUGAUGCAGACGAGCACUGAAUCCAGCUUCACAUAGAUAUGAGCUGGCGAAGGAUAUCAUGAGCUUUAACGCUCAGAAGGAGACAUCACAGUAUUCCCUUUGAGUCAUAUUUACUCAAUGUGCUAGCUACCAAAGAACUAGCAGUAGCCAUUCACCAUGGGAAUGAUUCAAGUUUAAUGGUCUAAAGGCACCCAUUGAUUUAAUUUGUAUUUUAAAAUGGGUGCCUUAAGAUGGCGAGAAAGGCCAGCCUACACUUGACCAUUAAACUUGUAUGUGAAGCUGGAUUCAGUGCUCUUGUCUGCAUCAAAUCCAAAUAUCGAUGGAUGAGAUGGCAGUGAUAAGGAACGCAUUGUCGACCACUUUUGAAAGUUCCGCCGGGACAUGCGCAAGUACACCCAUACUUUCAGACUGCUUUGCAAUUGACUGUCGUUGGCUGUUGAUUACAUCACUUUUUCACAUGGUUGGGCUUGCAAGAAUUCAAAAUGAUAUCAAAAUGGGGUCGUGGGCCAAAAAGGUUUUGGAACUUUCAAUGAUUGAUGAUGCACAACUGAAAUGACUAACGGUUUCCUUCUGCCUUUGACUCUCUCCUCUCUCUUUCUCCAGUUGCACAUCCCAGGCCACGCUGGGUACCUAGGAAACGAGGAGGCUGACAGGCUGUCCAGAGAGGGAGCAGCAAAACGCUUACAUUAGCCUUUCAAGAUAAUCUAACAGCCCUAACGUCAUAUUGACUUCUCUUGGGGGGGGGGUAUUUUUUUGUUGUUGUCUGUUCUGUUGGGCUGCCAAGUUCUGUUUUAGAGAACAAUGUUCUGUUUCUAAGUUUAUGUUUUUAUUAAAUAAAGCAUCCUGUUUGAAAUAUUUUUGGUUAUUUAAGUUAAGGAAUUUAUUCAGAUUUUAUUUGUAGCAUCAUAUAAGCAUUUCUUAAUACUGCUAAAUAAUUUCAUUGUAACCUGGGGAGUUCUGAGGUAGCAGAAUGCAAGAGAAUAAAAUCACCUUUAUAAUAAAGCAU